GACUUCUUCUUCAAUAAUAACUCGAGACGCGAUUGACCAGAAUCUCUGUUUGUCUUUUAUAGUCACACACGUUCUCUUUGCUUAUACAGUUUCUACAGUUCAGAACCAUCAACAACGUUUCAGUGUUUUUGUUACCUUUUCCACUGUUGCCGUUUAAUGAAUUGUUUUUGUGUAAAUAGUAAUUAAAUUGGACACAUUUUAAAUGCAUAAAUUGUGGAAGAUGGCUUUUUUUAUGUUCUGUGUCAUUAAACAGCAGUCACGGCUGUGACAACAUGCCCCGCUAUAGGUGUUUCUGUUUCUUGGGCAAUAACUGAAAAUGUUCCAAGAUGCUGAUCAUGAAAGCGCAGGUGGAUGUGCUCUGCUGUAAAUCAGUAGGAACUGAUCUGUCCAUGCUGGAUAUUGAGGAUUUCAUCUCAGAAAUCUGUCGGCUGAAGAAAGAGGUGGCGUCACUGGAGGCAAAGCUGAGAGAAAGAGGAGAGGAUUCAGUCUGGAGCGUCAGAGAUCAGAGAUCCAGAGACACACAGGACUCAGAGCUCAGCCUCACUUUACUCUGUUAUACUGACGCUCAGGAUCAUGAAUCCACUGAUCAAACCUCUGACUGUAACGCUGGAGAACAGCAGAUGCUGCAGACGCCGCUGAAGAUGUGCUCCGUCAAACUGCUGGACUGCAGGAACCUGAUGGAGAGCCGAGGAGAAGAAACCACCGCAGAGAAACAACAACAACACCGUGAUGAGGAAGAGGAGGAGGAUCAGAAUAAUGGGGAUGAUGAAGAGGAAGAUGUCAGAAUUUGAAAUAAGGAAGAGGAAGAGGAAGAGAUCUUCAUCUCCAGAACCCAGCUGUGUGUCUCUGAAGAGCAGUCAAUCCAUAAAUCCUCCUCUUGAAUUCAGUGAUGAACCAGUGACCUCUGACCCCAGUGUGGAUCAUGGAGGAGAGAGCAGGAUGAGAGCAGGACUACGAAAGUAUGCCUGUGAUCUCACACUGGAUCCAAACACAGCAAACACUCGACUCAUGCUGUCUGAUGAGAACAGGAAGAUCACAAGUGUGGAAGAUCUUCUGCCAUAUCCUGAUCAUCCAGAGAGAUUUGAAUAUGCUCCUCAGGUUCUGUGUGUUGAGAGUCUGACUGGACGCUGUUACUGGGAGACUGAAUGGAGUGGGAGGUUUGCUAUUAUAUCAGUGUCAUAUAAAGGAAUAAGCAGGAAAGGAGGAUGGAGUGACUGUUGGUUUGGAUUCAGUGACAAAUCCUGGAGUCUGUUCUGCUCUAAUAAUAGAUUCACUGUCUGGCACAAUAAUAAAUACACUUAUAUACCCACCGUCCGUUCAUCCUCUAAGAGAGUAGGAGUGUAUGUAGACGUGUCGGCCGGCACUCUGUCCUUCUACAGCGUCUCUGACACACACACACUCACACACUUACACACAUUCAACACCACAUUCACUGAACCCCUCUGUGCUGGAUUUAGACUGUAUCAGAUGAACUCCUCAGUGUCUCUGUGUGAUAUUAAAGAGCCUCCUGUGAGAAUCAUCAGUGAUCCACAUGCUGCCGGCUCCUCAAACCUCAAAUCUUCUGUGCUCAAUAUUGAACCGCUGCUGAAGUGUCAGUCUUGCGUCCAUAUAGCUGAUCCAGAUCAGUGGGUUCAGAUUGAGCCGUCGGCCUGUACAAAUGAAGGAGUGUCAGAGUUCAGGAUCAGUACUCCACCAGGCCGUUACGAGUGUGUCAGGACCAAGAUGCGAUGGGUCAGUGAUUAUGACGUCACUCUUCAGUAUCACAAGGUAGACGGACACUUCCUCAACAAAGAGCUGGAGAGGCUGCAGUGCAACCGGAUCGCUCCAGUGAUGGACGUGACGGUGAUCUCAGGGAAACUGGAGGAAGUUCAUCUGCCACAUUACAUCUGUUUAGGAGAGUCUGGAGCUUCCCUCAGAGAUGCUGUGAAAGUCCUCAGUGUAAAAGAUGAGGGAAUAACCAUAGAACCAGUGAAGUUGACACGAUUCCAUGCUAAGAUUGUCAAACCAUCCUUCUCUCUUAAAACAUUAAUUAUAAGUUGGAUAAUGGGAUGGGACGAACACUGCGAUCUUCUUCUCUACAUGCGCUCUAAAGAUCCUCUCAUUCUACAUGUCUACUUUUUUCCAGUUGAUGAUUGUGCAAAAGAAAAAGUUGAGAAGAUUGAAAAAUCAAGUUAUCUGAUCUUGCAUCCCAGACCUGACAGACCGUUUCGGAUGAAAACUCCACACAUUCUUGAUGUUCCUGGUGCCUCUGUCCAUCCCAAAGAAGGGAUCACACUCAGAAGAGAAACUUACCCAAACUUCUUCAAGAUCAGGAUCAAGACACGUCUGGAGAACGAUCUUCAUAUGAGUCUGAUCAGAGAGGAGGACAAGAAGAUUGUCUGGAUUGCAACACUUGAGAAAGAGGAACUUGAUCAGAUUCAUCCACAGAGAGACGAGUCACGUCCACAGAGAGAGGAGUCACGUCUGAAUAGUGAGGCAGGUAAAGCAAGAUAUUUUGACAACCACUGGCCAGAUCUCAUUCAGAAGGUCACAGAUUUUAGGAUUAUUGCAGAUAAACUGCGUCAGCAGGAAAUAAUUCAUGAGGAACAAUAUUCAGAAAUCAGACAGAGUUUAACCAGUCAGGAUGGAAUGAGAACGAUCUGUGACAUUAUACGUAAACACGAUGAUGCUGUGAAAGCUAAACUCAUCUCAAUUCUUCAGGAAGAGAAGCUUUGCCACUUUUAAACAUUGGUCUGAUUCUACAUUUAGGACUCAAGGAGCAGCUUUUUAAACUUAACGUUUCAAAACAGCAACCUCAGACCGAAGGCUCGUCCUCUAGAAAAAAAUGGUUUAUCAAAAUAUACUUGGUCAGUCUUUCAAAAUAUUAAGUGAUUGUAACAUUACAAAAAAAUCUCAGGUUUUGUAUGUCUAAGUUAAUGGCAGGUAAAUCUUCAUUGUCAAAGCAAAUUUAGAGGAAAAUUUAUAUUUAUGUUUAUCUAAAUGUGUAUUUCAUGUUUGUACAUGGUUUUAUACAUCAGAAAUUCACCAACAUUUUGAGAUAUUUCAGUUUUUUUUUUUUCAUUUUUAGUUUAGUUGUUUUACAACAUCAACUUAAUCUGUUAACCCACACCUGGACGCCGACACACUGAACGCUCUUUUUUUGCACGUGUCAAUGUUUGCGUAUAGAUAAAAUGAAAAGGGACAUAAUU